UUUUUAAUGUAGUAAAUGAGGUUCGGUGGUUAAUGGUGAGAGAGCAUCCCUAAAUAAUGCUGUGAUGGGUGCUGGUGCUAGUGCUAGUCUCCGCCCAGACUCGAUCGAAACUUGUGAUUCUUCUACCUUUCCCAAAGACAAAGACUUUGGCAAAUUCCAAUUCGGAUGCGAACAUUACAGGAGACGAUGUACAAUCCGAGCUCCUUGCUGCAAUCUCAUCUUCCCAUGCCGCCAUUGCCAUAACGAAACAGCGAACUCUUUACCUGAUCCUAAAGAACGACAUGAUUUGGUCCGCAAAAACGUCAAACAGGUUGUGUGUUCAAUAUGUCAAACUGAGCAAGAGGUUGCUCAAUUCUGCUCGAAUUGCGGCGUCUGUAUGGGGGACUACUUUUGUGAUCUCUGCAAAUUCUUUGACGACGAUACCUCAAAAAAACAAUUUCAUUGUGAUGACUGUGGUAUUUGUAGAGUUGGUGGCCGUGACAAAUUCUUUCAUUGCCAGAACUGUGGAGCUUGUUACUCAACAGACUUGCGCGAUAAACACUCGUGCAUUGAGAACUCCACAAAGAACUCGUGUCCUGUCUGUUACGAGUAUUUAUUUGAUUCGGUAAAAGUUGCUCAUGUGUUGAGUUGUGGGCAUACUAUGCAUAUGGAUUGCUUCAACCCAAUGAUCAAUAAUAACCAGUACCGAUGCCCCAUUUGUUCCAAGUCAAUGGUGGAUAUGUCUUCUUCGUGGCAAUUAUUAGAUCUCGAGAUAAGCUUAACAAAGAUGCCCGUUGAGUAUAACUUUGAGGUUGCAAUUCUUUGCAAUGACUGCAACAAGGGGAGCAAAGUAAUGUUCCACAUUUUGGGACACAAGUGCGAGCAUUGUGGUUCAUACAACACUCGUCAAAUCUCAACUCCACAAGAUCCAGUGUGUGAAACAGAGUGAUCACUUCUGAAUCCGCAUAACAUACUCUUCUUGGUUGGACUUUUCCCGUCAUUCGUCCAACCAUAAAGAUAUGUGUUUUGCAGCUGUCCAAAAAAAACAAAACAAUGUGUUUUGCUUGAUCUUUUUUUUUUUUUUUUUUAAACCAGUGGGUUUUAGUUUGCCGGUCUGGUUACAUUAGAUUGUGAGCAAGUUAAUAUUUCGACUCUUAACGAAAGACCAAAUUGAUCCAAUGAGUCAUGUAAAUCACAGUCAAAACAUAAUAACUUGCGGGGAAUAAUUUUCAGGAAAAAGGUCUUCUAUGAA